AUCACAUUCACAUAUGACAUAUCCAUCCAUCACCUUGCCUCUAUAUAUACAUACAUACUCUCAUUUUUCCACUCAAACUCAAAAACUAAAACUCAAAAAGAGUCAUAUGGCGAACCCAGCUGAACUUUCUGCCCUCAAUCAAAUCAAAAUUCAUCUUCUUGGAGAACUCUCACCACUUCCUCAUAACUCUUCCUUCUCCUUCCAAUUUUACCAAACUAACCCUGCUACUUCUUCUUCUUCCUCCUCCUCCUCCUCUUCCUCUGCUUCGGUCAACCAAUACUUUAACUGCAAUGAAGUGGUCAACAACCUAGAAACGCCAAGAUCCAAACCGCACUCAUCGGCGUCUUCGUCGAACCGAAAACCGUCUCUGCAAAUCUCUCUCCCUAAGAAAACCGAAUGGAUCCAAUUCGGGGAGGAGAAGGAGAUUUCCAAGAGCAGCGAACAACAGAAGAAGAAGCACUACAGAGGGGUAAGACAGAGACCGUGGGGAAAGUACGCCGCCGAGAUUCGAGAUCCUAACAAGCGAGGCUCCAGAGUCUGGCUUGGAACAUUCGACACCGCCAUCGAUGCCGCCAAGGCUUACGACCGCGCCGCCUUUAAGCUCCGCGGCUCAAAAGCCAUCCUCAACUUCCCUCUCGAAGCCGGCGCCGAUGACAGGAAGCGCCCCCGUCAAGAGGAGGAGGUGGAGGAGAAGCCGGUCGUCAAGAAGGAGAAGACGGAGGAAUCAUCUGACGUUAGUGGUGUAAGAGAUAUUCCGUUAACGCCGUCUAGUUGGACUGGCUUUUGGGACGCUGACGUAACUGGUAUUUUCAGUGUGCCACCGUUAUCGCCGUUAUCUCCCCUCCCGGCGUUGGGAUUUCCACAGCUUAUGGUUGUGUGAAUUUUUUAGUUUUUCUUAUGUGUUCUUUUUUUUUUUUUUUUUUAAGUUAAUUGCA